AUGGUGCUGAAAUGGAUUAAUAAGGAACUUAGUGAUUUGGCCCAUGACCCCCCAGCACAGUGUUCUGCAGGUCCAGUUGGGGAUGAUAUGUUUCAUUGGCAAGCCACAAUUAUGGGACCUAAUAGCCCAUAUCAAGGUGGUGUAUUCUUUUUGACAAUUCAUUUUCCUACAGACUACCCCUUCAAACCACCUAAGGUUGCAUUUACAACAAGAAUUUAUCAUCCAAAUAUUAACAGUAAUGGCAGCAUUUGUCUUGAUGAUCUAAGAUCACAGUGGUCUCCUGCUUUAACUAUUUCUAAAGUUCUUUUAUCCAUUUGUUCACUGCUAUGUGAUCCGAGGCCAGAUGACCCCCCAGUGCCAGAGACUGCAUGGAUCUAUAAAACAGACAGAGAUAAGUACAACAGAAUAUCUUGGGAAUGGAUUCAGAAGUAUGCCAUGUGA